UUUUGUUAACAGGAUGCGUCUGACGGCUCGUCGUAGUGUACUAAUUGAAUUUGACGGAUAUUCGUAGGGCUGAAUAGAAAAUCGGCUUGUCUUAUGAAUUGAGUCGGGAAUUGACAAUGGUGCAGGACUGUCGCAGAACGUAUUAUUUGACGCGAACUGUAUCUUAUUGGGUCGCAAAAUAAUAGAAGUUGCGUUGAGGGAGAGCUAUGUUUGUAAACAUACUGUCGCUAUUGGAAUUGAAUCGUCUUUUCUGUAUCGCCGAAUGUAAAUGGAUAUGGCAGAAGAGCGCAAAAGCAGAAAGGGAAUGAGUUCUCCAAUACCAGUUCCAUCUGGAGGCUCACGUCAAAGUUAUGAUCUGUCAUCUCCUGGCCACCUUCCAGAUCAGGGGAGAGUAAUGACACCACCAAAUUCUUCAGGCCGUGCAUCAGUAGGAGCAUCGAUUGAUCAGGGAAGAGUAAUGACUCCACCAAAUUCUUCAGGACGUGCAUCAGUGGGAGCGUCGAUCAAUGUAGCAAACUGGCUUGACAACAGUGUGUCUAAAUCUGGAGAAUCUCCUGCAUCCGACAAGUUACAACCUCUAACAAGAAAAGAGUCGUACAAAGCCCAGCGCAAAAACUACUGCCGAGAGAAGAAAAGAGUGGCUAAAGAACUACUGAGCUCUCUCAAAGAUCCAUCUGUAAUUGUAUUAGCUGACUGGUUAAAAGUUCGUGGCACGCUUAAGAGUUGGACUAAGUUGUGGUGUGUGCUAAAACCAGGACUUUUACUAUUGUACAAGAGCUUAAAAUUGAAGAGUAGUCAUUGGGUAGGAACAAUCCUUCUCAAUACAUGCCAGGUAAUUGAAAGGCUCAAAAAGGAUGGAUUCUGCUUCAAACUUUUCCACCCACUGGAGCAGUCCAUAUGGGCACCUAGAGGACCACACAAUGAAACGAUUGGUGCUGUUGUUCAGCCAUUGCCAACAUCUUACCUGAUAUUCAGAGCACCUUCACAAGCAGCUGGCAAGUGCUGGCUUGAUGCUCUGGAGCUCUCUCUCCGUUGUUCAUCAUUAUUGGUUAGGAGUAGUAGUGCCUGUAACAGAGGCUCAGCUGAUGCUACUACCAGCCACGAAACACAGUGGAGUGAAGCUGAUUAUGAGCGCCAUUUCAAUGAUCAUGAUUUGGAUGACCUCAGCCAGCCAGACAAUGUACCUGAACAGCUCUCACUGUCAGACUCGGAUUCAGAGGGAUCAACUGGCAAGCGAGAUGAAGUGGGUGAUCUGCUGGAUGACCCACCUGAGACCAUAUAUGUUCACCAUGAGGAACGUCCAGAAGAGUUUGGAAGUGCUGGAGAGCAAGUUGAGGAGCUUGCAGAAGAGAAUAAAUCUCUGAUAUGGUAUCUUGUAAAGCAAGUUCGUCCUGGUAUGGAUCUGUCAAAAGUUGUCCUGCCUACUUUUAUAUUAGAGCCACGGUCAUUUCUUGACAAGCUGUCUGAUUCCUACUAUCAUGCUGAUAUUCUUUCACAGGCAGUACUGGAGGAUGAUGCCUUUACCAGAAUGAAGGGUGUUGUAAAAUGGUACCUGUCGGGUCUUUAUAAAAAACCAAAAGGCUUAAAGAAACCUUACAAUCCAAUCCUUGGUGAAACAUUCCGCUGUUACUGGGAGCAUCCAAAUUCAUCUCGGACUUUUUAUAUUGCUGAACAGAUUUCACAUCAUCCUCCAGUGUCAGCAUUUUAUGUAACCAAUCGGAGAGAUGGAUUCUGCAUCAGUGCCUCAAUUUUAGCAAAAUCAAAAUUCUAUGGGAAUUCUACAUCAGCUAUUUUAGAUGGAGUGGCUGUUCUAACAUUCCUUCCACGUGGUGAAGACUAUAGCAUUACCAUACCGUAUGCACAUUGUAAAGGUAUCCUCAUGGGAACACUAACUAUGGAACUGGGUGGGAAGGUCACAAUAGAAUGUGAAAAAACAGGAUACCGCACUGAAAUUGAGUUCAAAUUGAAGCCCUUUCUGGGUGGUGCAGAACAGACAAAUAUGAUAUCGGGACAGUUAAAGUUGGGGAAGGAAACCUUGGCAACGUUGGAUGGAUACUGGGACAGCAGUGUAUUCAUCAAAGAUCGGCGUACAGGGGAGGAGCAACUUCUGUGGAAGCCUACACCUGAGAUAAAAUCAAAGAGGUUGAAACGUUACACAGUUCCUAUUGAACAUCAAGGUGAAUGUGAAUCUGAAAAUUUAUGGCAACAUGUCACUGCAGCAAUUCUACGAGAUGACCAGGUUGCUGCUACAGAAGAGAAGACGGUUUUGGAAGAAGCACAGAGGGCUGCAGCAAAGGAACGUAAGAUAAAGGGUAUUGAAUGGAUACCAAAACAUUUUGAGCAGGAUAUUAUAUCUGGCCAGUGGGUUUACAAACAUGCUGAUCUACGGCCAUGGGAUCCCCGCAAUGAUGUAUUGCAAUAUGAAUACAGCUAUGUAAUUCAGACAAAAACAAGACACAGGACACCAAUGAUCCGUACUGCCAGCAUUGUCAGUGUUGAUCCUCAGAAUACACUUCGUCAAACAGAAUCACGCUCAUCUGUAACAGUAAUAAAGUCAUCGAAACACCAGCUUUCUACGCAAGUGAGUCCAGUUGACAGGAACAGUGGAAGCUCAUCCCCAGAAUUCCACAGUGAUUCCAGCCACACUGAAAGGCAUAAAAGUAGUUCUUGUGGGUCUGCAAGAGUGAAAGAAAGCCUCGCUGUAAUGCAGUCACAUCUUCAAGAACAGCACGAAAGGUUAUCUCGCAUUCAGCAUAAUCUAGAGCAGUUGGGGAAGCUACAAAGGGAGCAAGAGAAGGAGAGACAACUUAAUUUUAACAGGCAGUUAUACCGUGCAGCUGUUUUACUUAUUGUGAUUCAGUCCUUCAUAACAAUUAUUUUCUCUUACAUCGUUCAGUGGAAGUAAUUUACUAUUGGGUGACAUAUCUGUGUGAGCAUAUGCUUAACACAGCUGUGUACCUACUGUGACAGCUAUAGAAGAAAAAACAACCCUCUGUGAUAUAUUUUGUUUGGUUUCAAAAUGGCAUCUUUGAUCAUAAUAGUGAACUGUUUUAGUUGCGUUUAAAAUGGCACAUAUGUCCCAUAAAACAUUUGUAAACUUUUGUAAUACUGUCACUGUAAAUUGAGCUGAUAAUGUAAGUUACGUUCUGGUACCUCACAUUUUAUUUAAAAUGUGCUGUGACUGUUGUGCAGCUGUUUCCCAGUGAACUUAGAUUGUUCAGAUGUUGUAGAUAUUAUUUCGUUUCUGUGUAUGUAUGAAAGAGUGGUAAAUAUUGAGCCUAGUCUGUCUAGGGGCAUGGAUGAUCAGACUUGUGUUCUUUUAAAAUUUGGCGGAAAGAAAGUAAACAAGCAUCUUGCUUCUGUGUCAUUGUCAAGUGAGUGAAACUGAAAUGUGAUGUGCUUCCAACUCCCCCCCCCCCCUCUCUCUCUCUCUCUCUCUCUCUCUCUCUCUCUCUCUCACUUUGUGUGUGUGUGUGUGUGUGUGUGUGUGUGUGUGAGAGAGAGAGAGAGAGAGAGAGAGAGAGAGAGAGAGAGAGAAAAGCUGUGGUGAAAUUUGCUGUAUUAUAUUUACAUAGUUCUUUUUUUUUUUUAAGUAAACUAUGCUCGGCAGCUAUUUUCUCGUGUCAUAUUCAGUUAGACCUAACUAGUGAUUGCUCUAAUAUUUUACUUUUACAGUCCAGUGAUGUCACUGUAGUUAUUAUUUUGUUGCUGUUUAUGUAGCCAGAUCUUAGUUUUUUCUCGGUCUUACCUUGCUGCAAGAAAGUUGUGAGGAAAAAUUGUUGUAAAUGGUGCUAUGUGCACAUACAUUAUAUAUGUGUGUAAUGAUUCAGUGUUUUGAAAUACAUGAAGUCUUGUGCAAGUAAGGGUGUAGGAUGCUUUAAAAUUUCUGAGAUGUAAUUGGUGAAUGACAGAAGCACAAGACAUCCUUUAUUUCGUAUCUGUAAUCUUGUACUUCACGUCCUGUAAAUUUGCUUAUCCUGUCAAAUGGGAGUAGUGCUGCUGCCACCUGUCAGUCUGUAAUAUAAAGUUAAACAAAUUCUGGACCUUGUUGUUUUGUGCUUGUUAUAUAUUUGAGAUGAAAGUGUUAAUGCCUGCUGUAUUAAUCCAAGAGAAACCACAAAAAACAUAGAUGUUAAUCAUGAGGUGUAUUUUAUCAGUGACUGUACAGUGUAUCCUUUGUCUGGAAACAGUUGAGUUAAUGCUUAGAAAACUUUUUGCAUUAGAUGUAGCAAUUAGUAUUUCAUAUAUCAAAAGUAGAUAGCUAGCAGCAGAAAUAGGUUUCACUAACCUUCAUUUGAAAAAUCCUGGAAGCAUAGCGAGUUCACAUAUCUUUCUUUAUUCUACCAGAAACUGUGUUGCUUGGGAAGUUUUUUAAUCAUUAUUAUUAUAAUAGAGACUGCAAGGAACAGAUGACACCUCUGUUUAAACAUUUGUCUGCUACAUUUUAUGGUAAGUCAUUAAGAACUGUACACUGGCCUAUCUGAAAUUGUACAUAAGGUACACACAAUGGUUGGUGUGGGUAGACUGUGAAUCAAUAUGCACUGAAACAGUACUUGUUUGAUAGUGAAUACAGUAGGACACAAGGAGUCAAGGAGACAAAAUUGUUGAUUGGUAUCCAGUGAAAUCAGACAAUGUGGGGAGAAGCAGCUCAUUUAUAACAGAUGCGAGAAUUAUACCUUUGUUCAUGGGGGGGAAAGAGGCUAGGGUACAACAGGUUGAGAAAUAUACCUUUGAUCAUGAAGUUUAGCUGUUAAUUUUAAAACUGCCAUGGGGUUUCUCUGAAAAAAGUUGUGGAAGCUGUUCUGACAAGGGUAACAGGUUAAAGAUUCUAGAAUGUUGUUCAGACAACUGUAGAGAGAAUGAACAUUUAUAUUGUUUUACCAUUUGAAUAUUACCAGUUAAUUUCAGUGAUCCAGUGAAUUACUAAAUAAUAUUUAUCGUACACAAACUAAAAACAUAUGAUGUCAAUUUUUCAUAUUCUGUAAUGACCAUGAACAACUUGUUUCAUUUUUAAGAUAUGGACACUCCUACAGGUAAGCCAUGAAGUCAUAAACUGUACAUAGCAUUCACUCGAAAAGUAAGCACAAAAUUGCAUUCUCCACAUUGCUCGAAUUUCAAUCUGAAGUAAGAUUAGUGCAUCAUUAUAACUUUAGUUGGCCUACAAACAGAAAAGAGAAUUCUGAAAAUAAUUAAUAACACGUUGUUUGACACGACAUUCUCUACAAUAAUAAUAAACAUACAGAAGUUUCAUGAAGUAUGAUUAACAAAGAAUCCAAAAGAUGUGCACGUGUAAGCUACUGCUGAUGCAAUAAAUAAAGAAAACUGUUGUGAUGAUAUCAAUUUAAAACUGUAGGUUAGUAGAUGGAAAGCAUGGCAUAAAUAAUGGUAACAUGCAUUUUACUGCAACAGCAAGAUGUAGAAAAGAGGAAUUCUAAUAAACAGUUAAAAAGCACCUGGCUCCCCCCCCCCCCCCCUCCCCCUUACACACACACAAAACAAAACAAAACAAGGGUAAAUUCUAUAAGUGACUAUCGUGAAACUGAAAUGUGUCAGAAGCAUUGCCUUGGAAAAGACAGGGAAAUUUACUAUCAGUCUUUCUUUAAAUGUAGAUUGUGUUGUUAAAACUGUCUCAACACAAAAAUUUGUGAUAAUAUUGGACCCAUAGUCAGUGCUCUCACAUAUGACUAAAAACUGAGUUCCCAUCCGUGCAGUGAAACAAAAUUAUAUCACAGCAGUUCAGAGAUCAGUUGUCUUUGUAUAUAUAUUUAAACAAAUACUCUGAGUUUUCUAAAGUUAACUAUUACCUACACUGGCUUACGAGCAUUAAACUACACAGUUCUUUAUCCGGUCUUGUAUUUUUUUUUUAAUUAUUUCAUAAGCAGAUAUCUCCUAAGAUGACACCUUUGUUAGCAUGAUAUAUCACUGGAUCUGGACACUGUUACAAACCUCUUGAACAGAAAAAUUUUUAUGUUGUAGCUACAGAAUAGCAUAGUUAACUGCUAUUCCAAAUGGAUAUACCCUAAAUAAACCAUGCUUAGCAUUUGUGGAAAAACUUUAAAAUAUUUCAGGUCACCAAAAGGAAUCAUUCGUAGGGUACAUAGUGACUUUUAAAUAAUUUCUGAAAUUUCAGAGCUCUUCUCAUGUGUACACACUUAAAGAAAUCUAACAUUAGUGCAACUGGAUGAUUGGAAAAAAAGUGCCUGAUCAUAUUACAAAUGUUCUUUGUGGGAAAAUAAAUCUUAACAGUUACACAGGCUGUACAUAUAAUUGUGGAAUAAAGUGGAAUUGUAUUUUGAAAAAGAAACAAAUGAUGGUGAUGUCUUUAUUAUUACUUUUAGGGGGAGAUGAGGUGAUUAUAAAUGUGACCAAAAUCUUGUUAAUAUAUUUCUAAGCAACAAUGACACCUUCAGCACAGAAAAACUAUUGAUUAGUUGUAACUGAUGAUAUCCAAAAUAAUAAAUUUGACAUACACACAUGCAGUUUUGUGCAGCUACUUUCCUGUUCUCCCUAUGAUUGGCUAUAGUUUUCACUGUGUUCAUAUAAUUGGGAACUUUGUCUGUUGUGGAAACUUUUGACAAAUAACAAAUAAUAAUGAAACCAAUUACACUUUGUAUUGUACAAGACUGUGUUACAUAGGCUGUUAUUCCCUGAGAGUUUAUUUUGCAUUUUUAUUUCACUUGUUUUUAAACUUUGUAGUGUGCAUUCUUGGAGUCCUCGUGCCUAGAUUCUUGCAACAGUAAAAUAAUACCAGUAUCAAAUAAUUAUAGAAUUAUAAAAUUAGAUUUAAAAUUGUUUGUCUUAAUUUUCUUUUGUAUUGAUAUGGAACUACACU